GCAGACAGAUUCUUUACCAUCUGAACCACCAGGAAAGCCCCAUUAUUAUCUUACCUACAAUAAAACAUUUGUUCUUAUGUAGCAUCAUUGCAAUUUCUCCAUAAUGGUUUAGCAUUUUCAGUAAGAUGAAGGUCAGAUUACCUUUAUGCACAUCCAUAUGAUGGACUAUUAUGUAACCAUUUAAAGAUGAGGAUGUACAUAUACUGACUAGAAGAACUAUUAAUGAUAUUUUUAGACGGUAAUUUGCAGUUCCACACCAUAUAAGAAUUUAGUGUUUAAAAGCUGUGUUAUAUAGAGACAUGCCUAUAUACUUUAGAAAGUAUUAGAAAAAGUAUAUACCUUAGAUGAAUGAAUGGAAAAGAAACUUGAGCUUUUGAACUUCUUGUUUUAUAUAACUUUAACAAUGGGAUUAUUGAAAAACACCCACACUUUUUUGUGCAUUUCAAUAUUUUUAAAAUAUUGAAACAAACUUUCUUUGCUUGUGUUGGAUAGAUAUUCUAAUAAAAGUCCAUGCAAUUAUAGCUUUUAGAAAAAAGUAGAUUUCUAAGAGUAAAGGUAAUGCAGGUAAUGAAUCAAGAGACAAAAUAAUAUCUUCUUUGUCUUGGUGGGUGAAAAGGAAAUAUGAUUGUUGAUCAUAUAUGCCUACUUGCACACAGGUGUACACAGGUGUGUGUACACAGCAUUAACAUUACUGAGUUACCCUGGAGAAAUGACAGGAAUUCUCAUAAGGCAAAAUAAAGAAAAGUAAAGCAAAAAAAUAGGAUAGGAAAAAUAUGUGUACAUACACAUAUUCCUAGAGUAGUGGUUUUCACGUUUGCAUAAUAGUUGUAAAAUAGCUAAUAAUGUAUUCAUUAACAUUUGAGUGCUCACUGUCUGUCAAACAGUGUUUUAAGCCCUUAUAGUGUUGUUUUACUGUUACAUUUGCUUGUGAAUUUAUAUGCCAGGAUAUGUGUGGAAUAGUGUACAUAUUUUCACAUACUUGUGAUUGUACAACCCCUGAUCUGUCAGUCUACCCAAGCCUACUGAAAAAGCAAUGAACUCUGGAGUUAUUUUAAAAGGUAGGUUAUUUUUCUCAUUUCUCAUAUUCUUAAUUCCUUUGAAAAGUUCUACUUGCUGCAUAAAAUCAAGAACCCUAAUUUGCAUAUCUUUGUGGUUGAUUGCUAUGAAGCCAAUGUUUAAAUUUCUUUGAGGUCUCUUUUAGUGCUUGGUAUCUCAGGAUGAAGAUCUUGUCAGGAGGGUGAAUAUAUAUGUGAAUAUGUAUGUGGCUCUUGGUCUUGGGCAUUUUGUGACAAAGGAAUUCCCCUUUGAAUUGCCUGCUCCCCUGAAGCCCCUGGAGCCUCUGGCUCAAGCAGCGCAGUCGAUCUGUGCAGUGUCUCUGACGUCACCAGUGUAUGCAUAAGCCCUGCUAUUGUCUUACUGCUAUAACUGGGCUGGGGAUUGCAGUAUCCGCUGUUGCUGCUGCUCCCAGUCUUGCCCCCACUGCUACCUAGUCCUGCCUCCCUGCAUCCCAGAAGAGCCACGUCGGCCUGCCUUUUCCUAUUGGAUUUUCAAAAGCAGCUCUUCGGUUUUUGGUGCUGUAGGAGACCUUGCUUUUCAAUCACACGGGAGAACACUGAAGCUUGUAAGAGGAGAAUCUGGCAGCUGGACACAGCUUGGACUGCAUUGUCUGUCUUCAUGACCUCUGCUGUGUAGCAGCUCAUCUCUCCACUUUCACACGUACACUGUCCUCGAUUUUUUUCUUCCUUCCUUCUUUCCUCCAUUUUUCUAAUUUUUUAAAAGCAGCCUCUGGAGCCAGCCAUGUUUGGCACUGAAUCUUCAUUGAGCAUGUUUUUGAACACAUUAACACCGAAGUUCUAUGUGGCUCUAACAGGAACUUCCUCACUAAUAUCAGGGCUUAUUUUGAUAUUUGAAUGGUGGUAUUUUCGCAAGUAUGGAACAUCAUUCAUUGAACAAGUCUCAGUAAGCCACUUGCGCCCCCUUCUGGGAGGGGUUGACAACAAUUCCUCCAACAAUUCUAAUUCCAGUAACGGGGACUCAGAUUCCAACAGGCAAAGUGUCUCAGAAUGCAAAGUAUGGCGAAAUCCACUUAAUUUAUUUAGGGGUGCUGAAUAUAAUCGGUACACUUGGGUGACUGGACGAGAACCUCUGACUUACUAUGACAUGAAUCUCUCUGCGCAGGACCACCAGACCUUCUUUACCUGUGACUCGGACCAUCUGCGUCCUGCAGAUGCAAUAAUGCAGAAAGCCUGGAGAGAGAGAAACCCCCAAGCUAGGAUUUCUGCUGCCCACGAAGCCUUAGAGAUAAAUGAAAUUAGGUCCAGAGUUGAAGUUCCCCUAAUUGCUUCCUCUACCAUCUGGGAGAUAAAAUUGUUACCAAAGUGUGCAACUGCUUAUAUUCUCUUGGCUGAAGAAGAAGCAACAACCAUUGCUGAAGCAGAGAAGCUGUUUAAGCAGGCCCUGAAAGCUGGAGAUGGCUGUUACCGGCGUUCUCAGCAGCUGCAGCAUCAUGGAUCCCAGUAUGAAGCCCAACACAGACGAGACACCAAUGUCUUGGUCUACAUCAAAAGAAGACUAGCCAUGUGUGCCAGAAGACUCGGGAGGACCAGAGAAGCAGUGAAAAUGAUGAGAGAUUUAAUGAAGGAGUUCCCUCUCCUGAGCAUGUUCAACAUCCAUGAAAACCUUUUAGAGGCUCUCCUGGAACUACAAGCAUAUGCUGAUGUUCAGGCAGUCUUAGCAAAGUAUGACGAUAUAAGCUUACCAAAGUCGGCAACAAUAUGCUACACAGCUGCCUUGCUCAAAGCAAGAGCUGUCUCUGACAAAUUCUCUCCUGAGGCUGCAUCUCGGCGGGGGCUGAGCACAGCAGAGAUGAAUGCGGUAGAGGCCAUUCAUAGAGCUGUGGAAUUCAAUCCUCACGUGCCAAAAUACCUACUAGAAAUGAAAAGCUUAAUCCUGCCCCCAGAACACAUCCUGAAGCGAGGGGACAGUGAAGCAAUAGCAUAUGCAUUCUUCCAUCUGGCGCACUGGAAGAGGGUAGAAGGAGCUUUGAAUCUUCUCCAUUGUACAUGGGAAGGCACUUUUCGGAUGAUCCCUUAUCCCUUGGAAAAGGGGCAUCUGUUUUAUCCCUACCCCAUCUGUACAGAGACAGCAGAUCGUGAGCUGCUUCCAUCUUUCCAUGAAGUCUCAGUUUACCCCAAAAAGGAGCUUCCCUUCUUUAUUCUCUUUACUGCUGGAUUGUGUUCCUUCACAGCCAUGCUGGCCCUCCUGACACAUCAGUUCCCAGAACUCAUGGGGGUCUUUGCAAAAGCUAUGAUUGACAUUUUCUGCUCGGCAGAGCUCAGGGACUGGAAUUGCGAGAGUAUUUUCAUGCGUGUUGAAGAUGAACUGGAAAUCCCACCGGCACCUCAGUCUCAACAUUUCCAAAACUGAACUCAUCACCCUCCUCCCCCCACCACCAAAACUGCUCCUCCUCCCGUAUCCCUGACCUCCGCCAGUGGCUUUGACAUCCACCCAGUCACUCAAGCCAGAAACUCGGCAGCCCUCCCAGACUCUUCCUUCUCUCACCCUUUACAUCCCAUCUGUCUCUGUUUCCACAGUCUGUCAGAUCUAACCUCCUGAGCUGCUCGGUGGUCAGUAGAUGGAAUUCACCUCUUCUUAUCUUCCUUCUUAUCCCAUGACUCUCUCUGAGUUUAGAUCUCUGUGAUUUCUUGCAAGAGUCUUAACUGGUCUCCUUUUUUCCAGGCUUCUCCUCUGCCAGUAUUUCCUUUGUACUGACCCAAAAAUGAUCUUUUUUUUAGAAAAUCUGAGCAUGUCACUUCUGUGCUUGAAUUUCCCCAAUGGUUUCCCACCAACAUCGGGAUAAAGUCACAGGUCUUUAGCAUGGCACACGAGGUCCUUUGUGAUCGGGCCCCUGCUUGCCUCUUCAGCCUAGUCUCUCUCAACUCUUGCCCAGGCACUGCUCUUGGGCCCCAGUGAAUUGCUCACCAUUCCCAGAUGCAACAGGCUCUUGUGCACCCCAGUGCUUUUGCACGUGCUGUUUGCCCUGUGUGGAAUGCCCUUCCCCAUUACCACCAGCACUUGUCCAGUCUACUAAUGCCUCUUUAUUCUUUCAUACUCUGCUUGCUUUCUAAAUUCCUCCUAAGCUGAGUUAGAAGCCUUUCCUCUCUGAUCCCACCCAUGAAUACCUAUAUUAUUACAUUUAUUGUACUGUAUUAUAAUUGUUAAAAUCUUGUCUGACCCCCUUUUAGAAUGUGAGCUCCUUGCGAGCAGGACUGUGUCUUCCUCAUCUCUGUAUCCCCAUAGCUUUGCCUUGCACAUAGUAGGUUUUCAAUAAAUGAUUAUUAAAUGAA